AUGGCCAAGAUCACGAGUUUCAUGCGUGUGACGAAGCAGCCCACAGCACAUGGAAAGAAAGGGAAUGCGUCGUCGCACCAAGUGCGUAAGCAGCAAGUGGGUGGAGGUACGAUCGCGGACGGCGAGAAGACGAUGAAGGAGGAGAGGGAAGCGACGGGACUGGACGAAGAAGAAUCGAAGGCACACGUUCCGACUUUUAUCUACCAAACAGUCAAGUACCGGUCCAAACACGAGACGUAUACAGUGUCUGAGCAGAUGAAGACGAUUAUCGAGCACAUCGAGAGAUACUACGACGUACCGGAGGAUCUCGAACGGAACGCAAAGUUUGGUUGCCACAGCGGUUUGACGUACGAGAAGCGGGUGGCGAGAGCGUACUCGAUGGGUCAGCUGACGUGCAAACUUGUGGACGAGGGCGAAGCUGCACCAGAGCCAAUCUGCCUGACGUGUGCCAAAGUGGGACACACAUACAAGAGCUGUCCGCAAGGCUUCUAG